UCAGCCUUGCAGUCUGAAUCAUGGGUAACACUGUGACAAUCAAAAAUGAAACCAACUACUGCUGGUCCUACUGCUGGUCCUUUAAGGGCACCUCCCCCUACUUAAAGGGAAGUGGCAUACUCUAUCCCUUUGAUAAAAAAGAUUACAAGCAAGAAGCCUUUCACAGUUACAUCUACAUCAAGUACGGGUGCCAUGACAAAGAAAUCUGUUACAGAUCUAAAGAUCUAUUAUACGAAUACUACGCUGCUCGGAACCCGACCUUCACGAUCCGAGAGAGCUCUGACCGCUCGUACAUUCUACUGGCAUGUACCACAGAAAGCUAUGUGCCCAGUUGUCCAAAUUACGGCAGACAAAAUGACCUCAGACUGCAGCAACAAAAGGAAGAAUGCAGGAGGGAGGAACAAAGGAGGAGAGAAGAGCAGGAGGAGAGGAGACGCCUGGAGCGCCUAGAGAGGGAGAGGAGGGAGGAACAAAGGAGGAGAGAAGAGCAGGAGGAGAGGAGACGCCUGGAGCGCCUGGAGAGGGAGAGGAGGAUUCAGGAGGAGAUAGAGAGAGAAAACAAGGCCAGCGAGAGGCAGCUGGCCAACGUCUCGGAGAAACUGAAACUCAAGCAGGAAUUCAAGGGACAGGAGCGUCAUCACCAGCGCUCCCACAUCCUACAGCAACUGGUGGAAGACGAUGCCGCUGCAAUCGACACGGACGAGCUUGGAGACAUUGAGAAGAAGUUCAACACUCUCUUGGUAAAAUAUGACAUUAAGGAAGACCAAAGCCUACAGUCUUCACAUAUUGAAGAUCGGAUGAAAACGUUACAAAAUGAGCUUACAGCCCAGUACUGUAGGGAGCGGCAGUUAUCAAUUUGGUCUCAGUUUGCCUUCGACAGUGCUGUCAGAUAUGAGCAUCUUUCCUUGACAGAGAAGUUCUGCAUUCUGGAAGCGGUGGUCCAGCUGACAGUGGAGGGAACUUCACAUGUCCUGACCAAACUGCAGGACCAACCAAACAGUGACGAGAAGUACGGCUUUCUCUUCAGUCUCCUGGUACAAGUUUACCAACGAAAUGCCACGCUAGCGGGAAACCUGGUGAUGAGCGUCCUAGACAUGUUUUCUGAGCUGGCGAGUGAAAGCAAGGAACUCCUUGUUCAAAUUAUGUUCAGCAAAGUCUGGACACCCUUGGAAAUAGUGGUCUUCAUCCGCCUCACAGUUCACAUUCCUCAGGAUCAAAUGGCUUCCGUCCUUCACAAGACACAGACAUACCGACUCGACUUGCUUACUGUCAUCUCUGCCAUGAAGGAAGAAGAUCCUGUCAAGUUCCUGCAAAUGUGCACUGCAAACGAAAAGGAUAAGGACCUCACCACCAUCCUGAAUGAGAUGCGGGCCAAUAACUAUCCAGAAAAAAAUAUUUCAAUUAUUGAAGAAGUACUAAGCAAAGUGAUGGAGGCACUCCCAAAAUAUAAACAUUUUGACCUUAAUGAGGAGAUGAAAAAUGAUGGCAUAAGAAUGGCAAAGUUAUUGGACUUCAGCAAUCCUGAUCCUGAAACCUUAACCCAAGUUUUGAUUGGGCUGUCCAUUGCAGUCCAGGACAGCACAACCAUCCAAAAAGACGGUAAUAAAAUUGAAGGUUAUUUCCCACGAGUCACUCAGCUUGCAUCUUUACUGAUGCUCCUCCUUUCGAGUCAAGAUAACGGAUGUCUUCUUGAGAUUGGGACUGGGGAGGGGAAGUCCAGUAUUUUAGCUAUGUUCGCUACCAUUCAAGCAAUCCGAGGCACGAGAGUAGAUGUUGUGACCAGCUCCCCAGUCCUUGCCCGUCGGGACCAAGAAGAGUGGAAGAAGCUGUAUGAGAUGUUUGACGUGACUUCUUCGGUAGUACCUCCAAAAGUCUUAAACGACAGUAACGAUUUCAGAAAGCAAGAUGAAUUAAUAACAGCAGCCUACACCAAGCAGAUUGUGUACGGGACAGUGGGGAAUUUUGCGGCCGACGCCCUGAAGCAGGAGUUUGAAAAGACACAAACCCGAGGGGAGAGGGAAUUUGAACUGGUCAUUGUGGAUGAAGUGGAUUACAUGACUUUAGACAACGGAGUCCAGGUGACGUUUCUGUCCCACGAAGCGAGCGGGCUGAGACAUGCUGAACAGAUACUGGCUCAUAUAUGGUCGAUGAUCUACACGUAUCAGCCCAUAGAAAUGGCAGAGACAGGUGAGAUCCAGUGGGCAACAAAGAUUCAGCAUUUUCACAAAGCUGCUGCAAUGACUGUGAUGGGCUCAGAAACAUCCGAACAUUUCAAGUCACUGGAUAUUCUACAGCCUGGACUGCAGUUGGGUUUUUUCACACAGGAAGAUAUAGACAAGGUCCAGGCAGCUGAGAUGGAAGCACAAAAGGAAAACGCCUCUGAAAAAUCUAAAGAGCAAAACUUUAAAGUUCUUCAGAUCAUCAUGGACAAAAUCGAUGUCUGUGAACAACACGACCUGCUCAGAGUGUUUGAGGAGGCACUGGAUAAAACAGUUUCCUUUAAGUGUUACUCAGCUGUGAAGAAUAAAGCAGUUCCAUUUGGGGAACAUAAUUCACACAGUGGAGAACAUUCAAUAAAGAUGCUUCAUUUACCAGGUGGAUGUGCAUGUCAAAUAGUAUCUCAGGAAGAGAUAAUAAAAGCUACAGUUUCUGAAUUAAGGUCCAGGAUUAAAUACUCAGAUUCCAACAUUCCCUUACUGCAAGAUUCAAAGUCAGAGCCUUUCAUAGUCAUCCCUUAUUUCCUGAAGGAUUACAUUGAGAACCGCUUGCCUGUUUAUGUGGAGAAUGGUCUCAGAGCCAUUUGUAUGACACAGAAUCGGGAGUACAUGAUUGAUUUUGUGUCUGAAGAUGCAACGUUAGCUCAGGACUCUGAGAAACAUCACUACCAUGCUAUAAUCCCAGUGGAUUUCAAGGCCAGUGGAGUACUGGAGAAGAACAAACGCUGGGGAGAUGGUCUGCAGCAGUUUCUGGAGAUGAAGCACCAGUUGGCCAUUACACCCUUAUCCAACGUCACAAAUUACUUGUCCAACUUCCAUUACUUUCAGAGAUACCUGAAUCAUAAAGGAAUAUUUGGUGUCUCUGGAACAUUAGGAGGAGAAGCAGACAUUGCCUUUCUACGUAAUCAGUAUAAAACUGAAAGCUACAUAGUGCCGGCUCAUCGCCACAAGAAGGUGGUUGAGUUACCAGUGGUUCAAGUUAGGGGAGGAAAAAGUCAGUGGAUAGAGACUAUUUGUGAUUGUGUCCAGAAGGUUACAGAGAGAGGACAAGUUGCUUUAGUUAUUUGCGAAGAUAUGAAAACCGCGGAAGAACUUAAACAGAGAAUGACCGCUUCCAAAUUUUUCCCUGUACCUGAAAUGUACACCAUUAGUGAGAAACACAACAUUGAAAAAGUCAAAUUUUCUUCGGGGAGCAUCAUCAUCGCCACCAACCUGGGAGGCAGAGGGACUGAUAUCAAAGUGGACAGUAAGGUCAAUGAAUGUGGAGGGCUCUGUGUCAUCCUCACCCACUUUCCCAACAGCCGCCGUGUGGAGAAGCAAGUAUUUGGCCGCACAGCCCGCAAAGGCAGUCCAGGAAUGGUGCAGAUGGUUCUGAACUAUGAAAACCUGGCUCAAGCCUACCAGGGCCAGCCCAUUGAAAUCAUGAGGCAACUGAGAGAGGAGUACGAGGUCAAUCGCAUCAAGGAUAUGGUCAGCGACGAGCUGUUGGAAAUCAAAACAAGGGAAGAGCUUUUCGCCUGCUUCUGCACAUUCCUAAACAGCUUUGAAAAGAAUUACACUGAAGAGGAAAGACUUUAUCCUGCUGCAACAAACAAGAUACCCUCAAUCUAUGAAACAUACAGAAAUCAAUUUGACUACCAUCCUGCCCUUAAUGCCUUGAAGGAAUGCUGGGCCUUGUGGCUUACUUUGCAUGAGAAACAAAUCGAUGAGCAUGUGAAUGUCAAUGAGCUGAAGUUAGAGCUCUCUCAAAUGUUAGAGCGCUCUAUGGGUAAACUCCUACAAGGACAAAGUGACAAUUUUUAUGAUCACAUCAAACAAGCUGUGAAAAGGAUGGACCUGCAUGCUAAAAACAAGAAAAAUGAUUAUGGCGCAAUAACCUACUGGCAGGAAGCAAUAAAUGGUGACCAAGUCUACAGAGCAGUUUCCAAGUACAACCAGGCCUUCAUCACAAUCAAUAUGGGGAAAGAUGGCUACAUGAAGGAGGCGAUAGAGCUCCUGAAUGACUUAGAAAAAGAUGUUGAUGUCCACAUCCUCGAAGCAACAAACACAAUGGUAGCUUGCCGAAUGUCUUGCUCAGCAAAUUUUACAACCCACCAUCCAGAGGGCACCAGUUUCCAAGCACAAAUGGAGACGAGGUUGAGCGUGUUCAAUUCUUGGAAAUUAAACAUCAACAAUGCCAAAACAAAAUUGAUUGAGCUUGAAAUAAAAAAGGAAGAGGCGAUCACCGAAGUGGCUGCUGUUUACACCCUUCUGGAUGAGAAAGACCACAUUGUCACAACUGAGCUGAUGGCACUGUACGAGUAUGGUCUGGGCAUCGUCUUCGAGGUCAAGAAGAAGCCAAAGUUCUGCAUCAACGCUCUGAUCUGUGCCUUACUUGGGGCAUGCCAGGUAUUCCUAGGGGCUCUGGUAUGUGCUUUGUCAUUUGGAACAGCAAGCCAGAUUGGCCUUGGGUUGAUUUCAGGAGGUGUUUCAGAUAUGAUUGAAGGUAUACAAGGUAUAAUAAAUGGUACAUUUGACUGGGCAGAUUGGGCCAUUUCCAAAUCCAUCAGCCUUGGGAUGUCGUUAGCUACAGCUGGGUUCAGUUUCAUUAAGAAAACAGUUACAUCCAUUUAUAAAGCUACCAAAUGCCUCCUGACUGGAACAAAAACGCUCUCCUCCGCAGUCGACGAUAUCAUCCGCACAGGGAAGAACGCAGCGACAUUUUUGAAGGGAACAGCGAAGACGACUGCCUCGUCCCUCUCCAAAGACGCAAUGAACAAAUCGUGGAAAAACUUGAUGUCAAGCAAAACAUUGACCACCAGUUUCAAGGAAGCAGGGAAAUAUGCGGUUCAAGAAAUUGCGAAGGAAACUGUGACCACAGGCUUGAACUAUGCCGUCGAUGAAGGGUUGAAGGCUGCCUUCAAUGAUAUUCUAAAAAAAAGCUUCACAGAUAUCAUCACUGGCAGCAUACAAGACAAUGCUGAUCUAGAUCAGUAUCUGACCAAAGUGAUAGUUAUACACGGAGUUCCAAAAGCUGCCUUGCAGAAAGAAGACCCUGACACUUUCAAAAUUCAUGAAAACAUCAAAAAGAUGCUAACUGGCAUCCUGGUUGACAGCUGCAAUUCUAAUGUGUCUAAUCUACUAGACAGUCAUGCUGUGCUCGACCAGGUUAUUAAACUGAUUUCAAAAGUGCAUGAUCAUGCCAAGGAACUGAUGCAGAAAGCCAAAGUCCCUGGCACUGUCCCAGGAGUCAUCAAAUUAAGUUUGAAAGUCAUAGAGUACACCUCAGACUUUGUUCAGAUGUUCCAGUCCCUUCCCACCAAAUCGAUUAUUGACAACAACUUUGUUCCAGGGUUCAUUAAGGACACUGAGCAAUGUCUACAAAAAAUAGAAAAGAAUGCAGGGUACAAGAAGGAUGGGAGACAUAGUUUCCGAGAAGUAGAGAAACUUAAAUUGGAGUUUUGUCAGAUGAUCUCAGAAACUUUGUUGAGUGCAUUCUUAGAAACCUUCACUGGCCAUCUGACCUCUACAGUAACCAGAACUUUCCGCAAAGAUCUAAACAAGGCUGCAGGAGAUGCUGUUAGCAACCUCCUGGGUCGCAACACAACUCACCGGUUCUUUUCUGACCAAAGCCACAUUCAAGACAUGAAGAAAUCAAUCAAGGGUCCUGCAAAAUCUCUCACAGAUGCUGAGAGAAAGGAGAUCACAGAAUAUGUGAAGAAAAUCAACGAUGUAAACCAUCCAGCUACAACUGUUGACCUUCUGGCUUUGACAAAGAGUGAUUUGAUCGACGGCAAAGGAAUUAAACUCAUAGUGGUGGAUGAACAAGGGAAGCAGAUUUCAGAUGUGAAAUUUGCUGGGAAAAACAGCUCUGCAGGAGACAUAACAUUAAGGCUGACAAAAAAUCGGGACACACUUGAAAGUGACAAAGGCUCCCUUGCAAAGAUUAAAGAUCGUAUGUAUGGAAGAGAAGAUCCUUUCACUGGCCAUUUUGGCAUUAUCCAACCAGACGGCACAAUCACUGCAUUGAAGUCAGAGAAGCAGAAUUGUCUGUACCACGCUGUCAUACAGGCAAAGGGCAACAGCCAGGAAGACCAAAUUAAGCAUGAAGCGAUUAAACUGAGAAACCAAGUCAGAGAUGAGGUUCUUGAGAACUUGAAAAGUUAUACUGGAAUUGUGAAGCUUCAACAGGGCUAUGACAGAAUAUACAAAGAUGCCAGAAAGUACACAAUUGUGGGUGGGAUCAAGAGAAAGGAGAAGUGGGAGAAUGACUAUGAAGAGGAGGAUAUCAAAGAGCUCCAGAAAAGGGUUAAGACGAAAGACUCGAAUAUAACCGAAUCUAAUCUUGUCCUAGAGUACAAAUUAGGAACCAUAGGGAAGUAUGAAAGGAUGAGGGGCUUGAAUGUGAACGAAGGUUAUUCUGGGCAUGUCACAAAGGCAGACCACAUCCCACCGAAGGCCGUACUGAGGAAUGCUUUUAACAAAGUAAAGAAAAACCAUCAAGCCAAUGAAGAACUGAGGAAAAAGAACCCGAAACUGCACACCAUGCUGAUGGGCACUGACACUGACCCUCAAGGCAAGGAGCUGCUGUGUCUGAACACCCUGUAUCAGGAUCACAGAGCUGCAUUGACCACAGGCAACAGUAAACUCUCAAUUCACUGCAGAGAUCAUCUGACUCAGACGUUGUUGAGUGGAGAUGCUGAGAAGCUGCUGAAGAUGUCUUUUAUUGUGGCCCAUCCCUUCUCAUCACUGCGGCUCAAACAGGACGCAGGGUUGAAUCCUAGAGAAAUUGAAGAAAGAAUGAUUAAUUUUCCUGAAGAGGCAACUAAGUCUUAUUACCUGAUUGGAUUCCGCAAACUGGUGAAACAAUACUGUGAAGACGAAUUAAUCAACCAGAAUCAGAAAGAUGGAAUGUUAUCAUGGGUGGAGAAGGAAAGUUAUUUGGAUGUAAACACUGCAGAGUAUAAAGAAAUACUGGCAUCCUUUAAACAAUAAGAUUAGCAAGAGGACGGGGGGGAUGGGAGUCGAUACAGUGUUUUUUGACCGUCUUUUCUGGUAUACAGUGUAAUGUUUUUCAGCGGUACUCAUUAAGCUGCAGUACAAAUUCCACUGCGCCUGCACAAAUCACUAUCAUCCAUGAACACAGGGGCCGCCCAUCAGAUGGUAUUAUAGAUUUUUCAGAUUUUCUCCAAAAUGUUCCACUUUGCGUUAUUAAUUUAUGACAAUAAUAUUUGGCCAUCUAAAUUUCAUUAAGCUGUUAUUCCACCCUUCCGCUUCAAAUUAGGUCACACAGAAGAAAUUUUACUGGCAUUAACAGAUGUUACUAAUAAGUUCUGUGCAAAAAUGAAGUAAUUUAAUAAACAAACAGACAUCGUUUUUUUUCUGAGCUUCGUGGUAACUGUCAACAGUAAAUGUUGAUUUCGGAAGAGUUUGGAAUUUUCCGGUGUGUGACGUCAGCAUCGCUAUUCGGGGAAGGUAUUGCUAUUGUAAACAUGUGAAACAUCGCUGCUGAGCUGGGAUUUGACAAAUAUUAUUAUUAUUUUUUUUUUGCAAAAUAAAAAGCAAUUGGUUUGUGAACAUGGGCAAUGUGAAAUUCACAAAACAUGAAAAAUAAUUUUCUUGAGCAGAGCCGGUAGGCCUAUUUUCAUGGCAACAACGUUUUCCUGUGCAUCUCUACACACAGAGUACACAGACACAUCUGUUUCAAAUAAUUUGAAUUGAAUUUAAUUAGGCUACACUAUUUUUUUAACAGUUUUGCAAUAGCUUUCCACUAUGAAUGUACACAUAGGUAUCUAUGUUAAGUGUUGUUUCUGUAUGAUGGUGAUGCUGUGCCUAUGCUAAUCAUGCUUGCAGCACCGUUGUGGUGAAUUGGAUGAUUCUGUUAAUCCUUGUAACUGUUUAGUAUACCCACUGCUGAUUAUUAGCAAAUAUAUGUUAUAGUUACUAUAGAAGAUCUUUGUCAUUUAAGAAACGGUAUAGAGAUACAUCAUAUGUACCACUAAAUAUUUUCCUACACCAAGUGUAAUUAAUGUAAGAGGACACACGGAUAAAAAAAAAGGAAUAUUUCUCGUUCAGUAAAACUGAAACUGCCUGCUACCACCAUAUAAAAAAUACCAACACAUACCGCCAACGCAUUGUAUACACUGUGUGUGUGUGUGUGUGUGUAUAUAUAUAUAUAUAUAUAUAUAUAUAUAUACACACAUCCAAACAAUGUGUAGACUGGCAAGAAUAAUAAAAACAGUAACGUUAUUUGUAUAACAUUCAUGAAACAGUAGUAAUUAUAUUGGAGCUUAAUAAUAUUAUUAACCAAAAAGCAGGGUUUUACAAAAAAAAAAGCAUGUUACACUAACCUCUGGGUUUGAACUGGAAGCCACUCUCGUUUUUAUAACAUUCUGAACUUGAAGAGACAGCUUCAGUUUCUGUUGUUUUUUUUUUUUUUGUUUUUUUUUUUUAUCAUUUGAUUGUUCCAUUUACUAAACAUAAAGUUUGCAAGCCUUUGCAUAUUUCAGGUGAAUAAACUUUACCAGCAGCAA